AAUGUCGACAGUAGGAUGGAAAGCUGGAUUUCUCCAGCCUCAACAGCAUGGCCGUGUAGUUUGUUGAGUGAAACCCGGCCAGACUGACGUUGUUGUGAAGAUAAGUUGAGGUUAUUGUGGUGUGUGUAUGGUGUGUACACUGGGAUGGCGAAUUUCCCGUGAAGUGGAUAGUACGGUGUGCCUACAUUCACGUCUUUACCGUGGUGUUAUAUAGCCAGGAUGGCCCUGGGUUCUCGCCGGACCCUGGGAACCGUCCCUGAUGAAGACUUGUUGACAAGGACUAGUUGGGUGAAUGCUGAAAUCGCCUACAAACAAGUCAAAAAGGGUAAAGAGAAAGGAAAUAUUUACGCACUGUGGGUGCGAUCACAUUUACAAACGUAUUUAUUCAGCAUUGGAUGUUUUAUUCAGUUACAUUGUGGCAAAGUUUUAUUCGUUGGAUUACUACUACUUUCUUUGUGUUGUGUUGGAUUAAAAACGGCUAAAAUAGAAACAAACGUCGAUGAGCUAUGGGUUGAAGAAGGUGGACGUUUGGAGAAAGAGCUAGAGUAUACGCGGAAUACGAUCGGGGAAGGCAGCGGCACAACAAGUGAAAUCGUGAUACAAACGCCACAAUCUUCAAAUACAAUAUUAACUACAGAGUCUUUAUUAUUACAUUUGCAAGCAGUAUUGGAAGCAACAAAGAUACAAGUGGAAAUAAAUGAAGUAACAUGGAAAUUCAAAGAUAUCUGUUAUGCUGCAUCAUUGCCUAUGUUUGAUAUUGAAGUUAUGUCAAAUAUAAUAGACAGAAUGAUUCCUUGUACCAUCAUCACCCCGUUGGAUUGCUUCUGGGAAGGGGCGAAGGUCUUAGGGCCAGAGGCCCCAGCCGUGUUACCAGCAUUUGGAUUUUCCAGUUUGAAAUGGACCAAUUUGAAUCCACAGAAGAUUUUGAAGACUAUGAAAAAUUGGUUCUCUUUUGAACUAGAUUCAAUAGGGGAAAUUUUCGAAAAGGCUGGUAUUACAACUGGUUACCAGGAGAAACCUUGUCUCAACCCUGCUGAUCCAGAGUGCCCUGACACAGCACCCAACAAGAAAUCAGGAAAUCCUCCAAACAUUGGAGAGCAGCUAACCAAUGGCUGUCAAGGAUUUGCCACCAAGUACAUGAACUGGCCAGAAGAACUAAUUGUUGCUGGUGUUCGCAAGAGCAGGAAUGGCCAGAUUAUCAAGGCUGAGGCAUUACAGUCAGUGGUUCUGUUGAUGGGGGAGAAGGAUUUCUUUGAGUAUUAUCAAGAAGAUUACAAAGUCCACAAUUUGGACUGGACGCAGAACUCAGCCAAAGAAAUCUUGCAGACCUGGCAACGAAAAUUCACAGAGAAAAUCAACCAGGUGACAAAUAUAACCUCCAGCGAUCAAGUUCGUGCAUUUUCAACGAUGUCACUGGUGGAUUUACUUGGGGAGUUUUCGAGCGUUAGCGUGGUCAGAGUUGCACUGGGAUACGUUCUAAUGGUGGUUUACGCAUGUGUUAGUUUGUUGCGAUGGAAUGAUGCCGUCAACUCUCAGAGUACCGUGGGUAUUUUGGGCGUCCUCUUGGUAGCACUGUCUGUGGCCGCAGGACUGGGCAUGUGCUCUGCCCUGGGAAUUUCCUUCAACGCUUCAACCACACAGAUAAUUCCUUUCUUGGCACUGGGACUUGGGGUGGAUGACAUGUUCCUUAUCGCUCACACAUACUCCGAGAACUUCAGAUCCUCCAACAUACCACACAUGGACCAGACAGGUGAAUGUCUGAAGAGAACGGGAGUUAGUGUUCUCCUUACAUCACUCUCCAACAUGUUGGCUUUCUUCACGGCAGCUAUUAUUCCCAUCCCCGCUCUACGGGCAUUCUCCCUGCAGGCGGGGAUUCUAGUCCUGUUUAACAUGGGCUCUGUGUUGUUGGUGUUUCCCGCUCUUGUCAGCAUUGACCUCAAAAGGAGAGAAGCCCGUAGAGUUGAUUUCCUCUGCUGUUUUAGUGGAUCCACCACAACCAAAGUCAUAGACCUUCAACCUCAGGAGAAGCGGCACAUUCGUGCUCAUGUACCUCCCUCUGGUGGCCAGUCAAGGGAGGGAACUCCACCUCGAGGCUACAGUCCUCCACCAUCCUACAGUCCUCCUCCUACCUAUAGCAGCUCAGUACAUGAAACCAUUUCCCAGUCUGACGUGGAGGGUGGCCCUGUGGUAACAACACUAGCACCGGCAGGGACGGCUUACUUCACCAGAAAUCCCUCCCUGCCUUCAGUGUGCCCGUCAACAACGUCAUCUCAGCAGUGCCUGGCGCCAGCAGAGAGCGUGACUUGUGGCCAGCGCUGCCUCCAGGUGCAGAAGGAAUGCGCCUCCUGGUCACUCACUGGGCUUGCCACAAACUACUACGCACCGUUCUUACAGAAAACCUACGUCAAGGUGUUUGGGAUAAUUUUCUUCCUGAUUCUGCUGGGGACUGGGAUAUGGGGCACGGCCCAGGUUAAGGAUGGACUGGUCCUAACUGACAUCGUACCGCGAGACACUAUGGAGUACCAGUUUAUUGAGGCUCGAUCCAAGUACUUCGGAUUUUACAACAUUCAUCUGGUGACACAGGCUGAUUUUGAUUACCCGAACAAUCAGAAAUUACUAAUGGAAUACCAUCAAGCCUUUGAGAAAGUGUCACGGAUUAUCAAAGAAGAUGAUGGAACUCUGCCCAGCUUUUGGCUCAGCAUGUUCAAACAGUGGCUCUUAGAUAUCCAAGAACACUUUGAUGCAGAUUUUAAGGCUGGCACAAUCACUAAAGACGAGUGGUAUGGUAAUGCCUCGGAUGAAGGGAUCCUGGCAUACAAGCUACUGUUACAGACUGGAGAUACAGACAACCCUGUCAAUGCAGAACAGGUUACCACAGCAAGGUUGGUUGACGCUGAUGGCAUUAUUCCUCCCAAAGUCUUUUACAACUAUCUGUCUGCCUGGGUGUCCAAUGAUGUGAUGGCUUACCAGGCAUCUGCUGCCUCUAUACAUCCACUUCCAAAACCGUGGUACCAUGAACCGAGGGAUAUACAUGACAACAAAAUACCCAAAUCUCAGCCAAUUACAUACGCCCAGAUUGCCUUCUACCUUAGCAACCUCUCUGAUACUGAGGCUGUGAUUGACACUAUAAAGGAAAUCAGAGAAAUAUGUGACACAUUUACAGAAAAGGGCCUUCCAAAUUACCCUUCGGGUAUUCCCUUCACCUUCUGGGAGCAAUAUCUCCAUCUCCGCUUCUACCUGCUGAUGGCGCUGUUGUGUAUUUUAGGAGUUACGUUCGUUGUCAUCUGUUUUUGUCUGAUGAAUCCAUGGGCAGCAGCAGUUGUGGUGUUUGUAUUAUCCAUGAUGGUGGUGGAGCUCUUCGGUGUCAUGGGCAUUAUUGGAGUUCGUCUUAGUGCUGUGCCGGCAGUCAUACUGAUCGUUGCUGUGGGGAUAGGGGUGGAAUUUACAGUGCAUAUUUGUGUGAGUUUUAUGACGUCGAUCGGGUCUCGGAAUCGCCGAAUGUCCAUGUCUCUCACUCACACAUUUUCACCUGUGGUGCACGGAGCAAUCUCCACAUUUUUGGGGAUAAUCAUGUUGGUGGGAUCAGAAUUUGACUUUAUUGUCAAGUAUUUCUUCAAUGUACUCACAGCCCUGGUGAUACUGGGGCUUCUCAAUGGGCUUCUACUUCUGCCUAUUUUACUCUCCAUCUUGGGGCCGCAAGGGGAGGUACGACCCAAGAUUGAUGAAGAGCGGAUAGCUCCACCCACUCCUGAACCCAUCCCUCGAGCUGUGGAUCGGCCAAGCAGGUCGACAAGUCGCAGGGUGUAUCCUAGAAUUCCAUCAAACAUCUCGCUCACGACAAUAACAGAGGAGCACUCCUCACAGUACUCUUCCCACGAGAUCAUUGUGCAGCCUGAGGUUGUCGUGGAGACCACCACAGUACCAGGAGGUGUGCAGUAUGAGAGCCGAUCCAGCAGUAGAAACAGUACGCCACCUGGAUCUGUUCCGUCUACGCCACCGCCGGGUCCCAAACAUGUCACCCGGGUCAAGGCCACUGCUACAGUCAAAGUAGAAGUCCACACGCCGUUGCCGGGAAGUUCAUGUGCAUUUUCAGAGCCCGAGAUCAGCCGAACCAGAAGCAACAGUAAAGAGAAAGAACAGAGUUACAAAAGUAAACGAAGGAAGUUAAAAGAGAUAGAUAAUUCUGAUUCUGACUCCGGCUCAGGUUCAAGCAGUCAGUGUUAG